AUGCCUGGCGGCUCCAACGAUGGAGAGAUAGCGCUUAUCAACACGUGGGUUCGCCAGUCGCGCGCAACGCGCACGGUCCACAUCAAAAUUGUCGACAACUGGAUUGACAGCAGAGGCGCGGUCUUGGAAACUCCGUCAAGCCAGCCAACGUCGCAGCAAAAAGUUGGCAUAACCACCAAAAUGUUGUGUGCAAUCUCUGGCGAAGCUCCUCAGGAGCCCGUCGUGUCCAAGAAGUCGGGCCAUGUAUACGAGAAGCGCCUGAUCGAGAAAUACAUCGACGAGCACGGCAAGGAGCCCGGGACGGACGAGGACCUGGACAUGGAGGAUCUGCUCGAUGUGCGAUCCUCGCGCGUCGUGCGCCCGCGGCCCGCGACCCUAACCUCGAUACCAGCACUGCUGGCCACCUUCCAGUCCGAGUGGGAUUCCCUGGCGCUCGAGACAUACAACCUCCAGCAGCAGCUCUCGCGCACGCGCGAGGAGCUCGCCCACGCCCUGUAUCAGCACGACGCCGCCGUCCGGGUCAUCGCCCGCCUCACGCAGGAGCGCAACCAGGCGCGCGAUGCCCUGGCCAGGGUGACCAUCUCGGCGCCCGCGCCCGCUGCCGCCAACGGGGCCGCAGACUCGGCAAUGGCCAUCGACGCCGAGAUGCCGCAGGAGGUUUUGGGUCACGUUGACGAGACAGCACAACUACUCUCAAAGUCACGGAAAAAGCGCCCAGUGCCCCCGACCUGGGCCUCGCCCGAUGAUAUUGUCGCGCUGGACAAGGUGGCCUCGGACCCACUCCAGGUGUCCCAGGCCACAUCGGUCGGUGUCGGUGGUGGCUACGCGGCUGUCGGCGCCCUCUCGGGCGACUUGGCCGUCUACUCGCUCGAAGGCAGGAAGGUGGAACGGACGAUACCGGUCGGCGAGCCCGUUACGGACGUUAUCUGGACCGGCUCCAAGGUUGUCUUGGGCACCGCCAAGGGCACCGUUAAGAUUAUCGACAGCGGAAGCGAGGUCGCUUCUUUCGCCGACCACGCAGGCGGCGUCACGGCCGUGGCCCUGCAUCCCGGAGGUGACAUCGUGGCCUCGGUCGGCGCCGACAGGGGGAUUGUUUUGUACCAGCUCAGCACGCUCAAGAAGAUCUUCCAGGCAUCCACUGAUUCUGCUCUCACAACCUCCGCCUUCCACCCCGACGGUGCCCUCCUCGCCGCCGGUACCGCCUCGGGAGAUAUCAAGCUCUUCCACACCAAGACCCUCGAGGAGGCCGCGUCCUUCUCCCUCGGCGCGCCCAUCGAGGCCAUCACCUUCUCCGAGAACGGCUACUGGUUCGCCGCCGUGGCCAAGUCGCAGACCACCGUCACCGUCUUCGACCUGCGCAAGUCGGGCGACGCCGCCCGGGCCAAGACGCUCGAGAUCGGCGGCACCGUCUCGGCCCUGGCCUGGGACUACACGGGCCGCUUCCUGGCCUCGGCCGGCCCCUCGGGCGUCUCGGUUCAGGGCUACAACAAGAGCUCCAAGGCGUGGACGGAGCUGUUGCGCAAGGGCGAGGCGGGCGCCGUCGCCCUAGGCUGGGGCCCCGACGCCAAGACCCUUGUGACUGUCAAGGGCGAUGGUGUUGUAGAGCUGUUUGGCCUGCCCGCCGCUGAGGCUGCGGAGGAGGCGUAAGGGGGUAAUGCAUAAAGUUAGACAUGCAGGAGGAUUGAGAGUGCAGUUUCAACGCUUGCGUCCGAUUAUUUCCCUGGUUCAUAAGCCUGGGUGAAUGGAGCAGAAAGUUAUGAGAAUGCGGGAACUCGGAGUCAAGGGGGAAAGUCACGGGCGAGACGCCAAACUCGAAAGACCAGAAGGGAAUCAUCCGUUUCCGGCUCCCCAGAAUAUAGGGGGAGAAAGACUUUCGACUAUAUGUAUAAUACGGCAAGCUGCUUAUCUGAGUUGGAAAACAAAUGAUACCUGCACAAUACUAAGGCUACGGUCUCUGGAAAGACAGGUGCU